AUGAAGAAGCUCUACAGAAAAAGCACAGUCCACCCAUCGCCGCCACUCAUUUCGGACCACCUUGCUCUUUUGCCGGCAGCCAUCUUCACUCUCACGGUGGCUCUCUCCCAAGAAGAUAAAGAAGUCCUGGCUUACCUCGUUUCCUCUACUAAUUUCUCCACGGCCAGAAAAACCACCACCGCCACCUGCAAAUCCUCCUCCUCCACCGCCGACCACCCACCUCUCUUCAACUGCAGCUGUUUCCGGUGUUACAUGAGUUACUGGGUACGGUGGGAUUCAUCACCUAAUCGGCAACUCAUCCACGAAAUUAUCGAUGCUUUCGAAGAUGGAUUGGUUCGAAACAAGAGAGAGAAAAGCAAGAAAGAUAGAAAAAAGAAAUAUAAUAGUAGUAAUAGUAGCAAUGAAGAAACCACUACACCUGAGUCGACUGAGUUAACUCAGUCUCCGGAGCUGAGUCCGGUAACUUUAAACGAGUCGGAAUCGGUGGGGGACUGUGAAGAAGGGUCUGUGAGGAAGCUGGUGAAUUUUCUUGGAGAACGAAUUUGGAGUGUUUGGACAUGA